AUGUCAAGUUCCCAUGACAGGGCUGCUGAUAAUAAGUUAGUGGAUCAAUUACUGGCUAUUGUAGUGGCCAAGUACGGGGCUCAGCUGGAUCCAUUACACUUAAAUGACACCGUGGCUACUUAUGAUAGGCAACUUAGUCACAUUACAGUACACGCCGGGGAACGUGAAGCAAGAUUAAGCGAGGGCAUAAUAACGGGACUAAAAACCUUACGACGAUCGGGUGAUAGUACACUGGACAUUGAACAAGGUCAGAUUAAUUUGCAAUUCGGCGACACUGGACUACAUGUGCAGUAUAAAUGUGACCUGGAUGUUAUGGGCAUAAAGACAUCGGGCAUAUUAGGUGCAGAUGUGGGCGACAUAGGAGUUGUUGUUAAUGUCGAGGCUGACAGCACCGGUAGGUUUCACAUCAAGGACUUUACGGUGGAUGAGCUGACAGACGUUAGGGUCGACUUCAAGGGCUCUAUCGAGCAGUUGGAUGAAGUCAUUGAUGUUUUCGGUGAUGUGUUUAUCGAGAUAUUUAAUCCGGUGGCCAGGGGUCUGAUUAGCUGGAUACUCAGGGACCUGGUUGAUAAGGAGUUGCGAAAUAUUACAAUACCUAUUGAUAAUUGA